AAGCGGGACCGAUAUGCGCGGUCUCUCAGCUUAUCCUGCACGCUCAAAGAAAACGUGAAGUUGUAAAGUCAUAAAAUGUCUCGCAAAAGAAAGGUUGUAGCCGACGACGAGGAAGAUCUAACCAAGAUCGAAUUCUCAACUUCAGAGGAGGUUGACGUCGUUCCCACUUUCGACCAGCUAAAACUUCGGGAAGACUUGGUUCGAGGCAUUUACGCUUAUGGUUUUGAGAAACCAUCGGCAAUUCAACAGCGUGCUAUUAAACCGAUUAUCAAAGGAAGAGACGUCAUUGCACAGGCCCAGUCUGGAACAGGAAAAACGGCCACUCUGUCCAUCUCUGUACUUCAGUCAAUAGAUAUUCAGACAAGAGAAACACAGGCUGUGAUUUUGUCUCCAACUCGAGAACUUGCACAACAAAUUCAGAAGGUCAUUCUUGCUCUUGGUGACUACAUGAGCAUUCAGUGUCAUGCUUGUAUUGGAGGAACAAAUGUAGGAGAGGACAUCAGAAAACUUGAUUAUGGACAGCAUGUUGUGUCUGGUACACCAGGCAGAGUCUUUGACAUGAUAAGAAGAAGAAGCUUAAGAACUCGAUCCAUUAAAAUGUUGGUGUUGGAUGAAGCAGAUGAAAUGUUGAAUAAGGGUUUUAAGGAACAGAUCUAUGAUGUUUACAGAUAUCUUCCCCCAGCCACUCAGGUUGUACUUCUAAGUGCAACCCUUCCACAUGAAAUCCUAGAGAUGACCCAAAAGUUCAUGACUGACCCAAUUAGGAUUCUUGUCAAGCGCGAUGAGUUGACAUUGGAAGGCAUCAAACAGUUCUUUGUGGCAGUGGAACGUGAAGAAUGGAAGUUUGACACCCUCUGUGAUUUAUACGACACUCUUACCAUCACACAAGCUGUUAUUUUCUGCAACACUAAGAGAAAGGUGGACUGGCUUGUGGAGAAGAUGCGAGAGGCAAACUUCACUGUUUCAGCCAUGCAUGGUGACAUGCCACAGAAAGAAAGAGAGGCCAUCAUGAAAGAAUUCAGAUCUGGACAGAGUCGAGUGCUGAUCUCAACAGAUGUGUGGGCUCGAGGCAUUGAUGUACAGCAAGUGUCUCUGGUGAUCAACUAUGACUUGCCAAACAACCGUGAAUUGUACAUUCACAGGAUCGGUCGCUCUGGUCGAUUCGGUCGCAAAGGUGUCGCCAUCAACUUUGUGAAGUCAGAUGACAUCAGAAUCUUGCGUGACAUUGAACAGUACUACAGUACUCAGAUUGAUGAAAUGCCCAUGAAUGUGGCUGAUCUCAUUUAAACUUCCUGGAAAUACAAUGUGAACAAAGACACAGCCAUUGAUAGGAGUAGUACAUAGCUUAAAUGAUGGAUGCUAGAUUUACCCUGUGAAUAGGCCCUUUUAUCUUAAAAUUUCCUGUAGUUUGACACAAAAAAAAAUUUCAGCGAAAGGCUAACCGUUUUCCUUCUUAACUUUUUAACCCUAUAUACACUUGCUUUGUUUGAUAGAAGCACUUUCAGCUUAAUCAAGCUACUUGCUAUUUGACAAGACUGAUUUACUUAGCAUAGUUUUCCUUGAGAGUUUCUGGUAUGUGGUUUACUAGCUACAAUUGUGAUUUUUUUUUUAGCAAUUGUCUCUAAUUUUUUGAUUUUAAUAACUAUUUCUUGGUUGUUCAAAGGCUGGAUAGUGUUGUUUACCAGAUAAAUAACUUUCCAGCAGAUAAGUGCUAACAAAACACACUAUGCUGUCUGCUGGAUAGUGUUAUCCAGUGUUUUAAUAUCCAGGGCCAGUACAAAAAGCACUGAAACAGCAGGCUAUGCAGUGGUAAACACAGUUAUUUAAUCCACGACUUUUUCAUAGAUGGAUGUUUGUUAAAGUUGUGUAUCUUACAAAUAAAAUGUACAAUGCUUAAGAUCACA